ACUUGAGAAUUGUCGAGAGAAAGGCAGUCCACAUACCCAUAGAUAACCGUACGUCCAUUCCAAGAUGAGUUGUUGGAUAAACUUAGUUAACGUGGCAAUAUUAGAGCCUCUAUGGAACAGUGCUGUUCAACAAUGGUGGACCUGUUAUAGACCUUAAGGCUUUAGUAACGUAUAUCUCUCAAGACUAAGCCUAGGGGUUCCAAAAAUAUCAUCUCUGGCCAUGCUUCUCCUUGUCCCUUAGACAACCAGUCACAGCUCACCAAAUCAUUGCAUCUUAGGGCCAAAGUCACUACUUUAUUCCCACUCUAAUUGACUCAACAGUUGGUGGGUGUGGUUGGCUAUAAAGACACUGCAGCUUAUUUCUCCUCUCUUCCUAAUAGCUUUCUUUUCUUGCUUUACUUGCCUGCCUCGUCUGCUUGCUUUGAAAACUGAAAAAAAUGGGGAAUUGCCAAGCUAUUGAUGCAGCAACUCUGGUAGUUCAGCACCCAUGCGGGAAAGUUGACAAGUUUUAUUGGCCUGUGAGUGCUAGUGAGGUUAUGAGGAUGAACCCCGGUCACUAUGUUGCUCUUCUGAUCUCUACCACCUUGUAUCAUUCAAGUAACAACGAUAAAUUUCCAAACAACAGCACCAACAAUAAUGUCAACCCUGUUCGUUUAACCAGGAUUAAGCUUCUCCGGCCGACGGAUACUCUUGUUCUUGGCCAGGUUUACAGGCUCAUCACUACUCAAGAGGUUAUGAAAGGGUUGUAUGCAAAGAAACAUGCAAAGAUGAAGAGAAACCAGCAAGAAUCAGCUGAGAAGCCAAAUGAUAAGGCAGGUCUGAGGCCACAGACAGUGGCAAGAAGAUCUGAACCAGAUAAGGAAAAUAAGUUGAGCAAACAUGAAAGGCACCGACAAAGAUCAACAAAAUCAAGCAACUCUGCUGCCAGAUCAAAGACAUGGCAGCCUUCAUUACAAAGCAUCUCAGAGGCUGCAAGCUAAGGAUGUUUCACAUUUUUGCCACAUGCUGCAUAAGAGACAGAAAGGAACACCACUUGGCUCUAGCCACACAGAAAUCCAGGCUUCUUUUUUAACCUGUAAAAAGCAAUACAGAUUCUCACUUUAGGAAGCAGGUAGCAAUCCAAGAAAACCACAACUUUCUUCAUGUUGCAGAUCUGAGCAAUGCAUAAUUGUACAUCAAAGCAGAGAGUUGUAAUCCAGCACUGUUAUGUAAUGAAAUCUGUGUAUUAUUCGCUAAUACUGUCAUGGCUGAUCGCUGUAGGCCAGAUAUCAAUUCUGGUGUGGUGCAAAACUACUGUUUUCAAGCCAAUAACAACUAGGCUACUAAAAUACAAGGAAUCGAGGUUGUAAUAAUUGCUUUGAAGGACCAUUUUAACUUUGCUCUUAUAUGGUCCAUAAAAGCCAUAACUAACCAAUUGGUGAAGAGAUAAGCAAGUACAGAUACGAGAUGAUAAUGUCAUUGACACCUUGAACAGCUUAACUUCUAGUUGGGAACCAGUCGAAAAUGUCAAGAGAUCAAAAUUUAG